UUGAAGAUGAGCAGGGCUACAAGUUUCUCAGCGGAUUAAUAAUUUGGUUCGGGGAUUAAAGUUGGCAAAUGCUGUGUUGUCCUCAAGAGCCAUGACGUAAGGGGGUGUGGGAUUUGGGAUAUCCCGAAUGUUAUCACGAAAUCCUCUUACAUUUUCUGUGGAAAAAAAAAUGUCUUUGCAGAAAGGGCGGGAAACAUUCUCUCGUCAAUGUGUUUAGUCGGAGAAAAAUCAUUGUCAUUCAGCAGCUUGUAUGAAGGACUAAUGUUAUUCUAUUAUAAAGGAGCAUUAUAUACGGUCCACUGCAUCCUUUGACUGGAAGAUGCAGAACACAAACGGUCAUUACCGCAUCAAGAGCGUUGUAUGUCUUCUGCGGUUUCCCGCCUGAAUAAAGACCAUGUCAUGACAAACGAGAUCACUGCAGAGACAACGAGACACUGGUAACAAUCAGCAAACGGAUAAACUGCGCAUAUAAAUACUGAAUACAACUGUUGUGUUCUUGAUACCAGUGGGAUUGUUUUCGUUUCGACGUCCUUCUGAAUGCUGUACUGUUGCGGAGGUAGGGAGAAGGAGGAGAAGGAGCACACGGGCGCGAACGAAGCGUUGAUUAGCAGCGGGGAACCGGAGACGGUCACCGUUGAAAACCGGGAAGAAAGUCCGGCCGCAGGGAUGUUUGACAUAGCGGAUUUGCCCGAGCUCCUGCCUCCCUCGGAGCAACUUCAGCCGAACCCCCCUGACUCAGCGUGUCAGAUGCAGCAUUUGGGCGGUGAGUUCAACAGGGACUGUUUGAGCCCCGAGUGCCAUCAGAGGAGGUUAGGCCAGAGGGCCCCCAAGCUCGGACAGAUCGGACGCUCAAAGAGAGUUGUUAUAGAGGAUGAAGAUCUGGACGACAUCAUGAACAACAGCAAUGGAUCACCACCUGUGCCUCUCAGCAAUGCACCAUCCUGAGCAUCCUCAUUCUAAAAAUUCUGGACCAGCUAUUUGUGAAAUGCAUCCUUCUGCCAUUGGCACAGUCGGGAUACUUUCAGCAGGAGAAAAGACAAACACCCCUCCUAGUUUCAGAUUCACAUGAGAACCGCAUGCGUUUCAGCUGUAGUUUAGUCCCAGUGCAUGGCAGUAGCAAUCACCCAACAAACAACAGGCGACACAGCUGAUUUGUUAAGUUGCUGGUAGCUUCUUGGUAGAUAAGAGCUUUGAGUGUGACAUUCGUGCCUCUCAGAGAAAGAAAUGUGCAAAUGGAGGCUGAUAUGCACAUCAAUAUCUGACCAAAAGAAAAGACCAGCAACUGUAAUAGAUCACUCAAUCUAGACUUGUGAUGUGUUAUUAUAAUGAUAUUUUCAUCCACUUUGUGUAAUUUAUUCAAACUUUUAAUGAGGAAAAUGGUACAGUGAGUGUUGUCAUAUUUUACUUAAUUUGUCUCUAAAAGUUGGGGAAAUAUAAGCUGCUUCUCUAGAGGCUUUGCAUCUCUAGUUACAGAGGUUUACAUGUUUUUAUGCCUUAUGAAAUGUUGCAUGUUGCAUUAUGUAGUUAUAUUAGCACUUUGAAAUGCUAUGCACAUGCUUGACAAGCUGUCCUUUUAAAAAAAAAAUUGUUUUGUUUUAUACAUUGAUCGGGUGAGCAACAAGUUGGUGAAAGUGGCUACAAUUUAGAGGAUCGGUUCACUGAUUCUGUGAAAGAGAAUUUAUAAUGUCUCAUGUGGUGAAACAAAAAACACAAACACACACAUUAAUAAAUCACAAACACAAACCUGAACUCUUUUUCCUGUAAAUUGUCGGUCAAAGUUUCAAACGGUUCCAUUUUUGGCCACUAGAUGUCAACAAAACCAAAGAAAUUAACAAAGUUUACUAUGCGUGUAUUAACGAACGUUAGUUUCAUUGCAACGAUUUCACUGGCGUUCGACCACGUUCUUUUAAUAUAAACAUUUUUGUCUGCCCACAAAGGCUACAUGUUUAAUGUCUGGGAAAAUGAAUUAGGAGAGAGGAAUACCGUAUGCUCGCCUAGAUCAUUACGUCAUUCUCACGAAUGGACAGGGCGUGGUCUUCCUAGUCACAGCACCUGACGGAAGGAGAGCUACACUGGCGGCACAUAACCAGUGGGUGGAAGCAGAGAGCAAUACACACACAAGGAAAACAAUUUGGAAAGUACCAACAUUUUUGUUUUACAGUUCUAAUAGGCAUAAUCCGUAUACUCCGCGAACAAGGGGUUUCAUCAUAAUGUUCAAAUAAAGCCCCUUUGACAGCAUAUAAUUUGUGAAAUACAUGUAGGUGGCUUGAUCUAAUACAAGGAUACAUUAGCAUAAACUCCAUUUAGCCUACAAUACUCUUAGCCAGUUAGGUAGGCUACAUGCAAACUGCAAAACAAGGGGACCAUGUUGAAGAGGUAUUGACCGAGGUAUUUGCAAAUAGGCAUUGGGGAAACUGCCAAAUCAUUGAUUUGACAAAUAAGAAAGUGACACUGACCAAGUCUCAUUUAAAAAACUUUAUUUACAUACAAUUGUUAAUUUGCAAACUUGCACAGACAAAAAAAAAAAAAAAAAAAAUUAAAAGUUAAAUAUUUGCAUAUGUUGGUCACAAAUAUAAAAUGAUUAUAACAGGGGCAGCCCACCUCAAGUGGUCUAAGCACAGACCAAAAAAAAAAAAAAAACAA